UCAAAUUUUCAAACACCUCACCUGACACUCUGACACAGUGUCUAAAGUACGAUUGCGCGAAUUCGUGCAAUUUACGAGACGCGCCCGGUCUGUAGAUCUAAGUGAAAGUUAACCGUUAACCUUUUUUAUUAUUUAUAUUUGCAUCCAAAUCAAAACAAAAUAUGUCCAUCCACAAUUAUGAAAUAGUGCGUGAAUUGGAUAAGGAAAAUAACAAUGAUACAAGAAGUUUCAAAGUGAAAGAAAAGUCUACCGGUCACUAUUAUCUGUGUUAUGUAAUUGAUUUCCAGUACCUUAAUAAGCAACAAUGUGCCAUAAUGGAAGAAACAAUCAAAGUUAGGUCAACAUUGGUGCAUCCCCAUUUACUAAAUUUCCAUGAAUUAAUUCGAGAUGUUAAAUCCAGCUUACUAUAUGUACUAGUACAAUAUUGCAGGCAUGGAUCCCUCAGAAAUCUUGUGGAUGUAGCCUUAAGAGAAAAUUCGCGUAUUUGUGAAGAAUUUUUAUGUAGAGUUAUUUAUCAAAUUGCCUUGUUUAUUAAAACGAAUCACACACUAAUUAAUUUAAAUAUAGAAAAUAUUUUCUUUGAUGAAGAGUACAAUGUUAAAUUGUUUAAUUUUAAUGUCACUACAAAAUCAAAAAUUACAAAAUCAAGUGUACUAGGAAUAAUGCUUUUUGAAAUUUGCAGUCUUUCAAAAUUUAGGAAAAAUAACUUUGAAACUGAAUUAAAAAACUGUAUUAAUAUCUAUUCAAAAGAUUUUUUAGCAUUUGUUACAAAUUUGAUAAAAGAUAGUUGCGAUUUAAAAAAGAUUAUUGACAAAAUUCUGUGCAAUUCAACUCUUUUAUCGAAAGCUACACAUUGGCAUAAAAAUAAAUUAUUAAUAAAGAUAGGUGAUAAAAAUCAUCAUUUGCAAAUAGCUGAAAGAAAUGAGGGCAGCCAUUCCAUGCAUAUUGAAAGAUUGUGGGAAAAAGAUUUGCUAUUGAAAAGAAAGGAAAAAGAACUACAAGAACGGGAGUAUAAGCUAGUAUCUAAAGAAAAGGAGAUAUACUUAUUAGAAAAGAAACUAAAAGAGGGCUUAAAAUGUAAUUGCAACAAAGAUAUAAACGAUAAACCCGAUCUUGAUUCAACUUAUGUAAGUAUUGGUGAUUCUGUAAUAGUUUGUACUACUUCUACUAAUACAAACAAUAUCAAGCCUGUAACGUUUACAAAAACUGUGACAGAAAAACGAAUAAAGUUUAAAGGUCAUAGUCCUCUAAAAGACAUACACUUCAAUAGAAGAAGCGCAAAAUUUACAAAAACUUGCAAAGCAGCCAGUAACAAAAGUAUGAUGAACAGUGAAUGGGUUUCAUGUUCUACUGAUACUGAUAAGUCAUCGCUUACAUCUCAGAAACAGUUGUUUCGCUCAUACGAAAAGCAUUCAAAAGAUAUACCAUAUAGUGGUGGACCUAAACCAAUGCAGUGGACGGAAGAAAACAAAAGGAACGCUUUUGAAUUGCUUAGGAGGCUGAACAGCAAUCAAGAAAAUAUACCCCCUGAAGUAAAGCAUACAAAUUUAUAAUUGUAAAUAACUGUGAAGGACAUUGUUCUUCUUUGGUUCAUUGACUUCCGAAAGAGAAGUGACUCAUGUCUUGAUCGCUCGGAUUGUGAAUUUCCAUCAUUCUGCUUGGCUGCUAGGGAAGCUUCAUGUAUACAAUGGUCAAUCAUUGCUCUGGUUUGGUCCACCCCGCGUAGGAAAGACUUUCCUCGCGGUCGUCUGCCAUUGAUUUUUUUUCUUCGCCUUCUGUUCUUAGCGCUGUAUAUGCGAAGUAUAUGAGAUAAGACUGAUUUAUUUUUGUCGAUAACAGUUUUGUUUUGACCUUUAAUUGCUUUAUAAUUUUGAAAUGUUAAUGAAAUGUUCUGUGUCUGAUAUUUAAAACAUUUUUCUGGAAGCCCACAUUUCGAAGGCAUCUAUUUUUCUUCGAGAAAUAUUCGAGAACGCAUCUAUUUUCGAAAGAUUUAAUGUGUUAAAAUCAAUGGGAAAGAACAUCCCAGUAGCUGGCUGUAUACCAUAGUUAAACACUCAUACAGAAGUAAAAAAAACUUCGAUUUGUAUAUUGGUAUAAAAAGUUUAUUAAAAACUAUUAAAAUGUCAUCCAAAUGGAUUGCAAAACGUUUUCGAUCUGAACGAGAUCAUCUUCAGUGCGUUCUGCUUAGUAGAUAAAACUAGCACACUAUUAAAAAUGGUAACAUCGAUAUACAUAUAUGAUUUACAUAGUAUGAUUAUAAGAAAUAUAGCGACUCCAAGUCGAUGUUAAUAGAUUAUAUACUAUUAGUGACCAAAGGGCAACAUGGUUCCAUGCUCGAAUAGAGCGCGUGGUUCUUGCCAGUUCAGUAGAGUUGAUCUGUGGCCAUUGAACUGGCAAGAACCACGCGUUCUAUUCGAGCGGGGAACCAUGUUGCAUUUAAGCACUAAUAAUACAUAAUCUAUUAACAUCGACUUGGAGUCGCUAUAUUUCUUAUAGUCAUACUAUGUAAAUCACAUAUAUAUAUCGAUGUUACCACUUUUACUAGUGUGUUAGUUUCAUCUACUAAGCACAACGCACUGAAGAUGAUCGGAUUCAGAUAGAAAACGUUUUGCAAUCCAUUUGUAUGACAUUUUAAUAGUUUUUAAUAAGCUUUUUAUACCAAUAUACAAAUCACAAUAUACAAAGUUGUUUUACUUCUGUAUGAGUAUUUAAUGUGUUGUAACAGUUUACUAUACUUUGUUGGGAUAUUUCUGCAUGACCAACCCUAUUUCUCGGUAGUGCUUUAUUUGCAAGCUAGAAUUUUCCCAUGUUUUCCCUUUUUCCAGUGCUGUCCUUCUCCAAGUUUUUUUUAGGUCUACCUACAACGCAGUCCAGGACCUCGAUUUUUGACCCUUCGCUUCGUUAUCGAUCAUUCGUUAUCUGUACACUAAACAGAUACGAAGCGAAUACGUUCGAUAACAAAGCGAAGGGUCAAAAAUCGAUGCUCUGGCAAUGUUAUUUCGGGGUCUACGGAGUGUGCGGGCCAGCUGUCUCCAUUUUUCUUCGCCUUAAUUGUUUUAUUACAUUUUCUUGGUUGGCUUUGUUUCAUAAAUUUUCUUUCCAGAUUCGAUUGGCCAAAAUAUACGAAGAAUUUUUCGUAACACUGUAUUGAUAAAAACUUGUAAUGGGUUUACUAUAGGGGCUGAUAUCUUCCACGUUUCACAGCCAUAUAAUAAUACAGAUUUCACAUUUAUGUUGAAGAUGUGUAAACCCUGGAUUUUCACAUGUUAUUAAGCAUAUUGCAUGCAUUAAGAGCUUUAUUAAUUAUUUCGAGCACAUCACGCUCUGUACCACCGUUACAGUCAAGUAUGCCGCCCAGAUAUAUAAAUUCCACCACUUUCUCAAUUUCCUGGUUAUUCAUUACAAUAGGCUGGUUUUUGGUGUUUGGUUUUGUUGACGUUUAUGUUUAGAUUAACAUUUGAUUCUUCUUGUGAUCUGUCUAUUUUUAGUUGCAUGUCCUGUUUUGUAUGUGCUAAGAGGCAUAUAUCAUCAGCGUAAUCUAGAUCUUCCAGUCUGUUAAUCUCGAGUUAAUUCCUCUAUUAGAGUUUACCUUUGUUAGUAUGGAGUCCACUACAAUGCUAAAUAGUAAGGGAGAUAAAACACAGCCCUGUUUACUCCGUUUAGCACAGCUGUUGGGUCAGAUGUUAUGCAGUUGUGUAGGACCUGGCUUUCUGUAUAACUAUAUAGUUUGUUCUUUGAUGAGAUUUAUUAUUUUUUCUAGUAUUCCCAAUUCCUUCAGUGCUUUCCAUGUGGUCAUAGGUGUGAGCGUGUCGAAUGCUCUCUUGAAGUCCACAAAGCAUAUGGAUAGUAUAAAUAGCGUAGUUAAAUUCAUCGGUUCUACACUGUUUGUUAAUCGGUGGUUAAUAUUAACAUUUAUUUAUGGUAUUCAGAAAUGUCAUUCUUUUUCAGUUUUAUAAGUCCCCAUUUUCCAUUCUUUGGGGGAAAUUUUCCCCUUACCAGAUACUUUACAAGAGUGGUUUGAUUAUCUCUGUUAUUUUGGUUAACACAUUCAACCCAGCGUGAGACAGAUGCUGUUUCACGGUGUUGUGAUCUUGCCGGACCGGGUGAGCUUACGGGUGUCUCACAGCUAAAUUUUACAUCAGACUGCGUGAGCCAGUAUUAUAGCACUGUAUAAUAUUAUGUAUUAUAGCAUUGAAUAAUGCCGGUCUAACGGAACACUUCAGUGUUUGCGGUUUCAAAAUAAGGAUAAUUUGAUGUCAAGUUAUGAAUAAAAAAAACAGCCAUAUGUACCAUAUUUAUCCUUCCUAAUUUUUUUUCUUGGCACCAUGUCACAUUCACUGGAAUAACUUUCAUCAGAAGCAACGUAAUCAUCAAAUCAAUAAAUCAUCUGAAUAUGAUGAAUCACAAUAUUCAUCUGACAUUACUUCAUCAUUUAGUUUUUUGUCCGAAGCUUGUUCAGCUUCAAAAGAAGAGAUACUGCCGUAUUUAUAACACUUCUCAAAUUAUGGGUUCAAGACUUACUUGUAAAGUAAUGCAAUAAUUGCAAGUAACCAUCAACGCCGUGACUUAGUCAAAUAAGUGCCGACAAGACUGGGACGACAUCUGCCUCCCAGACCGGGUGAGACAUCCGUGGCUCUCACUGUUAUUGCUACAUAAAUAAUAGACAGUUGACGAAAUUUGAAUGGAAAUUAUAUUGUGGGUUAUUUAAAGGCCCAUAUUUGAUAAUUUAAGUAAAAGUAAUGUCCGAUCCGCAAAUCUCAUAAAAAUAAAAUACAUGCCCGGGCUGAACGUGUUAAGAAAGCUUUUAACAACUCUGGUGGAAUACUGUCAGGGCCGGCUACUUUGUGCGCUUUCAAUGUUUCUGUAGUAAUUUCUAUUUCUUGCGUAGUUUUGGGAAUGCCUUUAGAGAUUCACAUAAAUAUUGAGUCACUGCAUAUACAAUUUAUUUUUUGCUGGCGUAAUGUUCUAUAGCCAAUCUCUGUCUGAUUCCUUAAUCAUAGUCUCCUUUGUUUUUAAUAAGGGAACCGAGGUAGUUGAGCCUUUCUUGUUUAGCCUAAGAUCAUAAAUUAUUAUCUGCUCAACGCAUCCAGCGUGUUCAUUAUUUGGACCAGCUAAUCUUCUAAACGCUAACAUUAGGUUAUCGUCCGAAUAUCUUUUGCUGAUUGUCGUUAUUCGAUAUCACUUAAACCACCUCUUAUUACAGGUAACUCAUAUAAAUAACUCUCUCAUACUUAUAUCUCUCCUAUAACUCACAUUGACUGUGUUAUUUAAACGAUUUAACUUUAUAAUAUGUCACAGAUUUUAUGUAAAAUUUGUUUUUUUUUUUGUAAGGAUUAUACAGGUACAUAUUGUGCAAUUUUUAUUAAUUUUCUGUAAUGUUUUUUAUGUUUAUAAUAUUUUAAUAUUACCGUCCAUAUAUUGUGUAACAUGUUAACGUCCAUGUAAUGUAUUACUUGUAGCAAUAAUUGUAAAAUAUUAGGGUCUCUUAGUGCAAUAAAGAUUUCAUUUUUAUAAUAAGAAAA